AUGGCGAUAAUAUUAAGACAUCGUUACAUUGUCUCUGACGUUUUUGCUGUACCGUUUCACACAAAACAAGGAAUCGGGUUUCACUACUUCUCACGUAACUCUGUUUCACACGUUCAUAAAAAGGUUCCAAUCGCCGGUUUGAAACGUUUUCGUUACCCACAAAAAUUUCCUUUUAAACCUUCAAAACCGAUAUCGCAAACUAAACCGGAGCUGGUUCAUGAGAAGACGUUUCAAGCUCCGAGCACGAUCAAGCGACAGAAUCCAAAGAGAGAACUGUUUGCUGGUUCGGUCACAAUGGGUGCUGCUCCAUCGCCGAGACACGUCCCGGUUCCAAUGUUUUGCAUUAAAGAGAAUAUUAAUUAA